CCCUCACGGCGCCCCGCCCGCCCCUUCCGCCGCUCCUGCGGGCGGGCCGGGGCCGCAGCGCCGGGGCCAUGUCGCAGCACAGCACCCUGCUCCACCUGCUCGCCGGAGGAUGUGGUGGCACAGCUGGAGCCAUCCUGACCUGUCCCCUGGAAGUGGUGAAGACGCGUCUGCAGUCGUCCCAGCUGUCACUGCGGCCUCUGUACCUCCCAGAGAUACAGCUGCCAGGGAUGAGUGUGAGGCUGAUGAAUCCCACCCCACCGUCUCCUGGAGUGCUCAAGUUGCUGAGGGCCAUCCUUGAGAAGGAAGGCAAACGGUCCCUGUUCCGAGGUCUGGGUCCAAACCUCGUUGGGGUUGCUCCUUCCCGGGCUAUAUAUUUUGCUGCGUAUUCUGCUACUAAGGAGAGGCUUAAUACUGUCCUGGUACCAGAGUCCAAGAAAGUACACAUACUAGCAGCAGCCUGUGCAGGCAUUAGUUCAGCCACACUCACCAAUCCCAUCUGGUUAGUGAAAACCAGGAUGCAGCUGGAAGCCAGGGUGAAGGGGGAGAUGGCCAGCAAUGCUCUCCAGUGUGCCAUGCACGUGUACCGCACUGAAGGCCUGCGUGGAUUUUACCGUGGGAUCACUGCCUCCUAUGCGGGAGUGUCAGAGACAAUCAUACACUUUGUCAUCUAUGAAGCACUGAAAAAGGAGCUGAGAAACAGCCAGCAUUCCCCUUCCCCAUCACUCACUGUUCCACCAAACAAUGAUGAUUUCUUCGGACUAAUGGGCGCUGCUGCUGUCUCCAAAACAUGUGCUACGUGCCUUGCAUAUCCACACGAGGUCAUUCGGACACGGUUGCGAGAGGAAGGGUCACGGUACCGUUCCUUUACACAGACUCUGCAGCUCGUGGCCCGUGAAGAGGGACCCUUGGCGUUAUACCGGGGGCUCCUGGCGCACCUGAUCCGCCAGAUCCCAAACGCAGCCAUCAUGAUGGCGACCUAUGAACUCAUCAUACAUUUGGCCUCUUCCACCUUGUAAGCUGUAGCACUUGGCUGAGGCUGCUGUGGAGAUGUAGGGACAUCAUGGUCCUGAGACCUGGUCUUUUGCAGUGCUCUGAGAGGUGGUGCUUUUUGUCACGGGUCAGAUCUGGGUCGGGCAUUCUCAGGACACAACGACUACUUUGUGCCAAGUUUUUUGCUCCAACGUGCACAGUGUAGCUUUUUUUUUCCUUCUGGAGACUUGAAUUAUUCCAGUGCUUCAAGAUGUCAGGACACUGGUUUGACAUGCCUGUUGUAAACUCCCUUGAUGAAACAAAGGCAUGGAACUUACUGGGAAGUAGACAAAGCAGAAGAGUGUAAGAGUUUCUUAGCCCCAGCAUGUUCACUUAUUUUGGACCCAGUAGCAACCUUACGUGGGCACAGUUAGGCAUGAAGACAGGCUAGAGCUGAAACACCUGAGAGAACUGCAGCAAGAAGAGAUCUUGUGUUGCAACCUUUGCCCUCAGAAGGGCUCUUCCACUCUCACCUACUGUUCUUGCCACUAAGGAGGAUUUCUCAACCUUGGCUGCCAACAAAUUGCAGAAUUUUCCUUUGGGUCCUUCACAUGUUACAGCCGUUGCCCCAACAUGUGUGAGGCAGCUGACAGCCCCUUUUUGUCUUGCAGGGUCUGAAAAACCAGACCAAGUAGAUCCAGGGAAGCAGCACAACCUGCUCUGAAGCACUAUCCUAACAACUCAUGCUACUGCUGGGCUCAGAGCCAUGCUGUGCUAGUAUUUGUUGUGUUUCCACCCCCUCCAUGCUCAGCAGAAAGAGGAAAAUGCCUCCUUCCUCUAGAAGUGCUAGAGCUGUUCUACAAGCUGAAGCCCCUGGUAUAAAAAAUACUCUAUCAUACUGAUAAAGAAAGCAGAUCAAGUGAGAAGAUAGAUGAAGCUAAGGAGAUUUGGCCUGUUUCUGUUGAUACACUAAGUGUAUGGAAAGAGCCUUAUUUAUUUUAUUUUCCUGUGUUCAAGAUUUCAGUUUGCUGCAUGUGCUACAUUUGCCUGUGACAGGCUUGAGUGCUUUCUGUUCCUCUGUGUGUCCCUAGCACCGAGUCCUGGGGAAGGCUACAUUUUGUUUAGAGAGUAUUUUAACUCUCAAAAAGGCAGGGAGUAGAGUGGUGAGAAAUGUGUUUUUCUUGUUUCAUCACAUAUGCUAAAAAAUGUAACCCUUCCCCAAGAUAGGGGUAGUAAUUUCAGUAAAUACAUGCUCUGGACAAACUCCAGUUUCACAUUAGAGGCUACACUAUUUCUUUCCCUGGUUGUAGUGAAAAACUGCAGAAGUCCUGAAUGUUUUAUUUGAAAUCCAUUUAUUUUAAAAUCCACUUUGUUUCCUCAUCUUUCUUACCUUCAUUCAUUUAGUAUUAGGAGUAUUGACAAUUUUACAAAGCGACACAAAGCUGCAGUGGUUUGUUGGUUGUUUGUUUUUUUUUUUGUUGUUUUUUUUGCAUGAAACGAGAAUAAACCUCAAAUGACAA